AGCAUAAGAACACUUUCUUAGGUCCAUGUUUCUAUGGUCCCGACAAGCAGAAUCUAGAUUUAGUCUCUUCACCCCUCGCCAAUGAUACUACAAUAAGUUACCAAAAUGUGAAAUCCAUGCUGUGCAAAGACUACGAAGGCAUCGAUCUUGUUUUUUUUUUCAAAGAUAUGGCAUAUUACAUGCGAAACAAGCUUGAUCUUUUACUCGAAGGCGGCCUCAAAGAUUUCAAGCAUUCGUUUUUGAUACGUGAUCCUGCCGAAGUUAUGACAUCUCUAUACAGAGUAUACAAAAAUCUUGACUCUCCCGGGUACAGCAACUUCAACCAAGCAGACACUGGCUUUCAGGAGCUCUACCACCUUUACCAGUUUGUGACUGAGCAUUUAGAUCUCAAUCCAGUUGUGGUUGACGCAGACGAUCUUCUUGACAAUCCAAGCAAGGUUUUGAAGAAUUACUGUAAAGCUGUAGGGAUCCGAUACGAGGCCUCAAUGACAUCAUGGGAACCAGGGCCAUGGACUCACUCAAAUCCUGGAUUCUGCUUAGGAUGGCAUACCAGUGUGGAAAAAAGUUCUGGUUUUACGCCACGAGUGAAGAAACAAGACGGAGUUCUACAAGAACAAGAGUUUCCCGAAGAAGUUGUCAAAGUUAUCAAGGAAGCUACUCCUUAUUACAAUAAACUUGCAGCGAAAAAGCAGUCAUAG